GUUCAUGUUUAGUCUAUAAAUAUCGUUUGCAAUUGGCUCUUAACUGCAAUAUAACUAACCACUUGAAUUCAAGAAAAUAAAGCCUUGUGUGCAAGAAACUUAGGCUCCCAUUAUCAUCACCAUGGCUUCAUAUCAAGGUUUAAAGAGAUUGGUGGGGAUUUUUGUUCUUGCAAUUGCCUUCUGCAUGCAAGCCGUCCAAGGAAAAAUAUCUUGCGAGAAUUUGAACAAAGACUCUUGUGCCUUCGCAAUAUCAUCUUCCGGCAAGCGCUGCGUGCUGGAGAAGCACAUGUGCAGAACCGGUUAUGAAAAAUAUUCAUGCCGAACUUCAGAAAUCGAGGCUGAAAAUCUCAAGGAGUGGAUUGAAACUGAUAAGUGUAUUAAGGCCUGUGGCUUGGAUAGAAACGCGCUGGGAAUUUCAUCAGACGCUCUUUUGGACUCUCAUUUUACCCAAAAACUAUGCUCAACACAAUGCUAUGGUGGCUGCCCCAACAUUGUUGAUCUCUACUUCAAUCUUGCUGCUGGGGAAGGUGUUUACCUUCCCAAAUUAUGUGAAGCAAAAGGAGCAAAUGCACGUCGAGAAAUGAGUGAAAUCAAGAGCUCUGGAAAUGUUGCACCUGGCCCUGAAUCAGGAUUCAAGUCUGUAAACUUCAAAGAUGCCCCAGCAAUGGCUCCUUUUUGACAUGCAUACGUUUUGACUAGUGUAUUACACCGAACAAGUCAAGAAAACUAGUGAGUUUUUCCAAUGUGUGUUGUAUAACAUUAUACGAAGGACAUAAAUUGAUCACCAUGAUACUCAAUGAAUAAGGUGAUGAUCGAUACUCAAUAAAAGACGCUAAUGUAUGAGAGUUUGUAUUAAUAAUUAUUCUAUCUUUUGAAUAAAUUUGAGUGAUUAUAAAA